GAAAGUGUGGCGGAGCAUACUCUUAGGUCAAGUACUGUCUCUUCUUCUGAGUGGAAAAUGCAUUUUGACUACGUUACUACAGAGCGCUACAUGGCAGUUCCCAAUUACCGGGCAGCUUGUUGUCCCAUAUUUAACGCUGUUUAUUUUGUUUACACCGAUGUUACUAUGUAAUGGAGUAAAAAAAUUGACAAAGAGAUGGUGGAUAGUUCUCAUUGCAUGUACACUGGAUGUGGAAGCCAGCUGGCUCCUAGUCAUGUCACAGCGAUUCACUUCAGUUCUUAGCUGACAGCUGCUUGCAUGCAGCGGUGUUGGUGCAGCUCUAGUGGGUGGUGCAUGGCGUGGCCAGAGGCUGGGGGUGGCACAUGUUGCUGGCGCCACGCUGGGACUCAUGGCAGUCGUAUGUGUAGUGUGGGCUGAUGUUGAAGGUGCACCUACCGAUGGUAAAAACCAAUUAGUUGGUGACAUGCUGUGUCUCGGAGGAUCCUUGCUAUUUGCAAUGGUUACAGUAUUACAAGAGAUGAUGCUCAAAAUUCAUUCAUGCUCAGAUUACCUGGCUUUACUCGGUCUGAUCGGCAGUGUGGUGUCAUGCACUCAGACAUUCUUCUUAGAGUUCAGUGAACUGAUGAUAUUCAACUGGUACGAGUUAGAUACGAUCCUGCAGUUGGGUAGCUACUGCAUAGUGCAAAUAAUAUUUCAAAUACUGCAGAGCUUUAUGCUGCGAGAUGCAGGAUCUAUAAUAUUGCAUCUGUCAUUUUUAUCAGCCGAUUAUUAUACUCUUAUUGCUGGAAUGUAUAUAUUUCAAUUUAAGUUCCACGCGCUAUACUUCUUGUCCUACCUACUGGCAAUGGUAGGCGUGUUCUUAUUCAGCGCGCGGCCAACGACCCCGCCGCCGCCGCUGCAGCAGCCGGAAAGAUUGCCACAACUUGUCAACGACUCUGUGCAGUCACAAGACAAUGUUUCGAUGGAGUACACAGUCCCCACACUGGACUGCAUACCUAUAGAGGGCCUAGAACCACCAAUGAGUAGGGACACAACAUUCACAUCAUUCUUAGGUGGACCACAGAACAAUGUUCCCAAUGGUACAAUUGCAUAUGGUCACUCGAAUGGUACGCAAAAUAUUAAGGACCCUUGUUAGUGUAACACAGUUUCGCUUAAGCUACUCUAUUAUACACUUGUUUAUACAUUAUUAUAAGACUUAUUAACAAGUAAUUAGGUUAUUGUUUCUAAACACUGAAUUUGUAUAUGAUUCAUUAUGGUGGCCAUACAUGAUCAACACACUAGCAUUUACACCCAACCUUAGGGUAUUUGAUUACUGUGGGAAAUAAAUGUUAUUAGUAAUAUUGUAUUAUCAGGUAUUUGUAUUUUGUUCUAAAAAUUUCAUUUUGUAAGUCAGUUGUUUUUAUUCGUUAAUAAAAUUAAUGAAAAAUAAUAAACAAGCAAAUUAACGUCACAAUACAGUAGUGGCUUUUAGAUAUAAUAACAUUGUUUAUCGAAAAUUGCAUAUAGAAUAUGUAUUUAAAAUAUUUUUGUUGUAACAUCUUUUUAAAGAUAUUAGGUGCUGCUAAAAUUUAAUUAUUCAAUGAAAAAACGAGUUUUCAAAUACCCGAUACUCAUCUAUAAUUAAAAAAGUUACUUUACUAACUUGUACAAAAGUGACGAAUGUAUAUAAAAUUAUAUGAAUUGAAUAAAUAUUAUUAUGUAAUAACAUCACUUGCACUCUUGUUAGGAAUGAAUAGAAUCAUUAAUAAGUAGGCAAAAAACUAAUAAAUAAGAUUUAUUAAAAAAUAUAGCGAAUUAAACAUAGUAAAAUGUUUUUAGUUGAAUAGGUUUUAUGGUUGUUAGUAAAAUUAUAUUGAAAAUAGAUAUAAAAUCGUAAGGUGGUUCGGGAUGAAAUCGAAGCCAUCACCAUCUUUUUAAAGGAAAUUUAUAAAACACUAUCAAUGAACUAAAAUAUUUUUUCUAUACUAAUACAGCACGAUUGGCUGUUAAAUUCGUAUGGGAAGCACAAAAAUUUUUGGUCAUUUUACGACCUUAGUUUUUUUUAAAAAAAAAGUUCCAUUUCUCUAGUAAAACGUUACCGUAAAAGAUGCUGAGGAUUUCGAUUCCAUUCUGUAUACAUAUAAAAGUAUAUAGGUACUAAGUACACUACGGCAUGUUUUAUCAUGUUUACAUGUAAAAACUAAAUGAAUUCUAGUCAUUAAUAGUAAUCGGUAUUUCAUAUUAAUAGUGCACAAUUCACAGCGUACGUUGCAAUAAUUUUUUACCAUUCUAAAUGAUAACAUUGUUCAAUAUAACUAUCUGAUAUAUAUUUAGAUAAUAAUCGACCUUUAGGUCUUGUAACUAAUUGAUCAGUUAUAAUACUGGGUGCAAUUAAAGAAAAUGGUAAGUUUGUAAAAUUGACUGGUAUAAAACUUGCUCAAAACUGUUACUUUUUUACGAAUUGAAAAUUUAAUUUAAUAAGGACACUAGGUGUCAUGUCGUAUAGAGAGGUCAAGGAUAUGGCCUGGGAUAGAACUGGCUGGAAGAAGAUGCAUGAAUUAGUUGCACCGACAAGAGGUAACUCUUAAACGAAAAGAGAAAAAGGACAAAAUACUAAAUAAAAUAAAUUUAUUUAUUUAAAAAAGGAACACAUAAUAUGAGUAUAUUGGACCCCACACUAGGCGAACCCGUAUUGUGGAAGUCCAUAAGGAGUUACCAAGACAAUGUUAUAUAGAUGAGUAAGUCAAUUUCACAGAAUCGAACAUGAUAAAAUGGGCACUGUUAGUUAAUAUAAAAGUGUUGGACAUUAAUUUUUAUAAAUGAACGUGACACUAACAAAUUAUUCUUAGUGAACAUAAAAUAAAAUAACAAUUAAUUACUAGACAUGUGCUGUUUUAUGGUAAUGUCAAGGAUUGGUUGUUUAUUCUGAACUCGUAUGUUGAUGGUCAUUGCUUUCAUUCAAAAUUUCAAUUUUGUAAAUAAUAACUAUAUUUCAUAAACAUUAUAUGAUUUUCUUGUCUAUUUCCAACUGAAAGUACAUGUCAAAAUGGAGUGGAAGAGGACUGGAAGCGGUCUACCAUAAUAUUCUAAUAAUACACCAACGUAAAUCAUCAUCAUCAUCAUCAUUAUCAGACUAACUGUCCACUGCUGAACAUAAACCUCUCUAGGGGCGAGGGGAGGGGGUUUGCCAGUCGUUGCCACACGGCCACAUAAAUAAUCACUGAUAAUCGAAUGAUUGAUUAUGUAUCCCAUUAUUAUAACUGAUUAAUUGCUAUAACGGAAACUGCCACAUACUCGAAUUUUUACUCGAAAUUUUUAACAAAAUAAUAAUACGGUUUAGCAAGAUUUGUAUGAAAUUUUAAAAUAGUAUCUAUGAGAGAAAUGUAUUGGAAUUGUUUAAGAAUUAGUUAUAAAGACUUAGAACGUUUACCUAUUAUAGCUUUGUAAAUUUAUAUAUAAUAUUAAUAUUAAUGACAUUGACCUGAGGACUGAUAAACUUUUAUUAAAUUAAAUAGCUACAUUUGUCUUGUUAAAAAUUUAUACCGUAUCAAAACGGAAGUACUAGUAACUUUAUUGAUUGCGAAUAAAAUCUAUCCAGAAUUGGCAAAUUUAUCGUAGGGUGAAAAUAGUGGCGUCGUAUUCAAGUUUACUAGAUCACUACACUAUUACUACUACUACUACUCAUGUGAUGGUGGCGCCCCCUGUUAUCAAUAGUUCCUUAGGCCGACUGAAACUAUAUUACUAGUACGUUAAAGUACCAUAUUUUAAAGAUUAUAGGUUUAAAGAAUAGCAAUCCAAAAAUCGAACCGAUUGCUAAAUUUUUUCUGUCAUUAAAAAUGCAUGACAACUUAGAAAAUAGAUUUAAUUACUUAGUAUUGAUCAUUUGUACAGACCACUCUACUAGUUUUUAUUCUUCAGGUCAAUCUCAUAAAUACUAUAUAAUAGUUAUUUUUAAAGCUGUGAUUUCGUUCCUCAUCAAAUACUGUUGUUAUUUGCUUUACCAAGAAUUUAUUGAUCUCAAGUUGAUAUCUCUAGCUUUCGUUAAUUUAAUGCAGAGAUUUUACAUUUAAAAUGCUCAAUUAUUAAUAAUAAGAUAUUUGAAAUAAUAUAUUUGACAGUCCAUUAGAUGAACCCCCCAAUUUUAAUUGUUAAAACUAAAUAUGUAACAUAUAUUUUAUAUUUUGUUUUACAGGAAGCUAAUAUUCCGCAUAGUAGAAAAUGAUUUGUUUUAUAAAUGUGAUAAGGUUGUGUUAAUUUGUGUUAUAAUGAUAAAGAUAUGUUAGGUGGUAUUAUAAUUAUUAUAGAAACGUUGCAUUUCUAUGAAAAGCUGAUUUUCAAUAAGGCCUAUUACAUUUUUAUAAUAUACAUAUUAUGAAAGUCGAUAAAUUUUUUCACGAGGCUCGUUUAUAUAAAUAUAUACGUUAUUACGAGAAUAAACUCCCAUUUUAAAAUUUAUUAAUAGAAAAAAAUAUAUAUUUAGUGCUAAAGCUUAAUAGAUAAAUCGAACAAUUUUAUAAUAAUUUUGAAAUAUAUCUAUAAAGUUGGAAGCGUACCUAAAUAUUCUCUAAAUGGGUUAAAAAAUGCUAACAUCUAUCAUUAUUUGAAAUAGUUGCGAUUUUUGGACCUUUUUUAUAUUUCUGUUUUUGAUGUUGCAGUGAGCUCGUAAUAAAUAAAUGGUACAGAUAUAUAUACUCAUACAAGCAACAUAAAUUUUAUAACUACUAAAUCGUGAUUUUUUUUCAUUCGACCUACAAACAAUAACACUAUUAACUAAUGAAUUGUAAAAAAGUCAAAAUACAUAAAUAAACAAACAACAAAUACAAAAAA